CGACCCGGCACUAUAUGUAUCUUCUAAUUUGAGUUUCCCUCCAUCCCGAUUAGCGGAUCCAUUCCCGUGCCAAAAUUAUGACGAACGAAUGGUGUUCAACUGUGCGAAUCCGCAUACUAGAUUUCCUCAUCCAAUCCGCUCAACAACUUGAAGUUCCUCCCGUUGUCAAGUACUCUGCAUUAUCCCUCUUUGCCGAAAGAUUCUACCCGAUUAUCUCCAGAUUUGAUCAAGAGAGCACUGGACACUGGCUUUUACAACCAGUAAGAGAAAGUAAUCUUCAGCUGUUUUCUCUCAUUGCAAUAUGGAUCUCAAGCAAAAUUGAUGCUUCUCGUCCCUUAUCGGUAAAAAAGUUGAAAAGUCUAGCAGACAAGAUAAUACAAGAUCAGCAUUAUACAACUAGAGAUUUUGCAGAAGCUGAAGUGAUCUUCAUGAAGGUCUUGGAUUAUGAGAUUGGUACAUCAGAUAUUGUCUACAGGAUUCUUGAAGACCUACUUAUUCAGUUGAAGGAGGUUGCAACAGUUGGAGAGCAUCUGGAUUUUGAAGUAUGCAUGGAUAUUAUGGAUCUUCUUUACGAAAAAGAGGAGACAUCAACUCUUUAUAAUUCUCCUCAUUCUCUUGCUGCAUCAAUCCUGGUUGCCUCGUAUGUGAUCACAGUUCCUAAACAAAGAUGGGAGUUUCCUAUUCUUCCUUGGGUGAAAUAUGGAAUGGCAUGCAAAGAGGAUAUCAUAGAAGUUGUUAGAGACAUAUUGAAACAUGUGUUGCAACAAUGCUCGUCGGAGAAGGACGACGAUGAGAAAGGUGGCUCUGGUGGUUUCUUACGUUCGAGGUGGAAUGCGGAGGUGGUGACGAAGUUUAGGGCUUUCAGAUUCGAUGACGUUGCAGAGCCGACUAGACCUAGGUGA